CCGAGCAGUCCUGUGAUUGGUCGAAUCUUCAGCAGCACCGGAGCGGCCUGAACGACACAUUUUUAUUCUGUCAACUUUAACUUGGUGCUGUUUUACUGCUGGCUUACGGUGUAAUAAUUUACUUGUGUGUCUAAAGUAAACACGAAAGGCGUGUGACAUAAAAUACACUGUACAUGUAUUUGGUUUUAGCGUGUCGCGUGCAGGCUAUAUUGACGGAGGAAACUGAUAGCUUAGCGGGCUAACUUCCCGUUUGGAAUUGAGGCUAGUUAUUUAUUUUCCAGCUAACAGCGACCAGGGUCGACAGGAACAUUGGGAGGCAAGUGUUACAGCAUGAACUUCCCACCCACUAAACGCCUCAGAGGCCUAAACCAUGAAGUAGCAACUGGGGUGCCUUUUGAUGACCCAUUUGCAGAUGAUGAGGAUUUUACCCAAGAUGACUUGGAUGAGAUUGACAUCAUUGCUUCACAGGCCAUCACCUCAGCAAAUGCAGGGACAGGACCUGGGUCCAAAUCGGUUCAGCCAGGCUGUGGAACAGCCUGGGUGCCCCCUGUAGCACAUAGCAAACUUCUGAGCAGAUCCACAACCAAUCAGAGCAGAGAGAAGACAUUUGAGUUUAAAAGCAGCACAAGAGGACAUGCUGGGAUAUCAGGUAACAGACAACAGCAAUUUGGGUUUGAUGGAAACGACGCCUCACUGUUGGAGGUCCAGCAUGCAGAGUUGAAGAGGAAGCUGAGGGAGGUAGAGGAAGAGAUUUUGUUGAAGAAUGGGGAAAUACGUGUCCUAAGAGAUUCUCUGAAAGCUGCUCAGCAAGAGAAGGAGGCUCAGAAACAGAACCAGAUUUUGCUUGAAACUCAGCGACAUAAAGAGCAGAGUGAGAUGGAGAAAGAGCUCAACAAGAAGGUCCAGUCUUUGCAGUCUGAGCUGCAGUUUAAAGAAGCAGAGAUAAAUGAAAUGAAGACCAAACUUAUCAAUUCAGACAGAAAUAAGAUAGGCUCUCCACUCCCAAGAAACAGUCCUAAGAUAUUGAGCAAUCUUGCACAGCUUCAUCAUGGGAGCGGCAGCAGCUCUUCCUCUCCUACAGGAAAUGGCUUCAUCACCAAGGAGGUGUUUGGAGCUCAGACGAUGUCUAGAACGACACCCGUGAAGACUCAGACACGGAAAGACACAGAUAAAGGGACGUCCAAAUCUGGUGACAGACAGGAAGUGUCUCGUCCAGAUCCCUUCCUGUCUGUCAGACCUUUGCAUCUGCCGCACCAAGGUGGUGUCCUCCUCGGGUUGUUGCUGCAGCAGCCUCUGUCUCCCAGCAAACUCUCCCUCUCUCACCUACUGGCUAUGAGUCCCACUGACCUACACCUCACAUCCAGGGGUUUGCCAUCAGGUUUCCUGCUCCACUCUGACGCUGCAACUAGUCUUAGUGACAUAGAUGGCCGAGCUGCUCAGAGUCCUGUCCAGAGUCUGGCUGUUACAGGACUGAACAUGCUGAGUCUGAGCCAAACAACGGCUGCAGGGAACAGUGGGAACAGGUCAUGUCCUGGAGCCGUCCUCCUUCUCCCUCUGUUAAACCUUCACCUGUUCCAACUGUGUCAGGCUCUGGACUCACUCCGUACCACCUCUGCUAACAGCAACAGCAGUUCAGACUCCACCGCUGCCAGCUUCAUCCCAGCAGCUUGCCCUGCUCCUACUGCGGGAUCAAAAAGACCGGAGGAAACUGGUGUGACUGGCUUUAGAGUGGAGGACACUGGUUUGGCUGCUCUUAGGCUCCUCUACCUGAUGUUGUCCCACAGUGAUGAGGUGGUGGAAGCUGUGUUAGACGAGAGUCAGAGCAGAGUAACAAAAAACAAGACUACGCACUCUGCUGCUGAUAUCCCUUUGUGCUCCCAGAAUUCUUUGCUGCAGUCACUGUUAAAGCUGUGCGAAUCAGGCUGCAGCUCACACAGGGAGGAUAUUGUCCUCAAUGCAAUGAAAACACUAUGUGUCCUAAUAGAGAGGACGCCGCAAACACAAGCCAACAGGUUGCAGUGUGCGUUGCAGGUGGUUUGUGCUUGUUUGUCUGCUGACAUUAGGUUCCGGACAGUUUCAGAGUGUGUGUCCAUCCUCACAGUGAUGUGUGAUCACCAGACGCUGGCUCAGUAUCUUUGCACUCAACAUGACCCCUGUGUUCUCUUGAAGUUGUUCCACUUCAUCAGAACCAGACCAGACAUCCAGGCAACACACACCGACUUGAUUCUCCUGGAUCUGCAGCUGGUUCGCUUGUUGAGCAGACUGAUGAGUCAGACAGCAGAAAGAUGGACCAACAACUCACACAGCAGCUGUCAGUGCUACACUGAGUUGGUUCAGAUAGUGGUGAUUGUGUUCCAUCGUCAGUGGUUGCAUCUUCGAGGUGUUCAAGAGCUGACCGACUCAGUAGGCCCAGACCCCACCCCAUCACAUAGCUCAGUUCCAACGUUGCCGUGGUUGUGCGGACCUGCGGCAUGUCUGCUCAGGGAGUGUCUGCUUCUGAUGCACUGGCUGCUACUGCAUCACGGUAGCUUCUCGGAGAGCUGCAGGCCCCUGCUGCACAUGUACGACCAGGUGAUCCCUGCUGUACGAGACACUCUCAGGAAGGUCCCUGACCUGAGUGAGAGCGAAGAGCUGGCGUUGGAAGAAAUUUGCCGUUCAGAGGGUGAUGACACUGAUGACAUGGACACUGACACUGUCUCCUGAUUGGCUGCUGUCUGCCUCCAUCAUUGACCAUGGAGGGGACUCAUCGGACCAUUUACUGUUUGUCAGAGAUGCGGACCAGACACAAGACUUGAUUCUGUGAUGAAGUACAUGUUGUGAAGGUUGACGCAGCAGUUGAAACUGCUCAGAUUCACUGGAUUUAUUCUGCUGACUGAACUAUAAAAUAUGAAGGUGAGAAAGGCUGCUGCACCAAGUGCUCAAGUUCACCUGCUUUUUUAUUUUGUUAUAGAAUAAAAUUAUUCAUGAGGCAUUUACUGUUUGAAACUCAUCAUUAAGAUUGUAACAAAACCACUCAUUUGCAAACAACACCUGCUGCUGGGCAUGUUUGCAGAGUGUUACACAAUGGAAACUGAUCACACAAACGGUGUCCGUGUCAUUGUUACGCUGUAACUGUUCAGUACAUGCAUGUUUGGUUCAUCGGUUUAAAUGAUGUAAGGACCAUAUCAAAAAUGCCUUAGAUGAGAAAUGAAAAAGAAAACCACUUGAGCCUGCACAUUUUAGAAAACAUCUUUAUUCAACUGAGGUUUGAUUUAUACACUUUUGUUGUAAGGCAUCCUGUUGGCUGCUGCAGUUCUGCUGCUCAGAGUCUGGAGAAAUUUAGUCAUAGUGUGUUGGGAAUAAUAUUAAUCUAGUAAUGUUAGAUUAUCAUUUUCCCUUUGAUUGUUUACUUGAUUCAUUCAGUCGUUAGUGUUAAUACAGGCAAAGUAUUUGUCACCC